GCUGUUUGUGCUGCUGCUGCUGUGGAGCUCAGACGUCCAGGCUGACAGAAAACAAGAUUCAACAGAGUCUGAUGAUGUCAGGUUGGUGGGAGGAGCCAAUCGCUGUGGAGGUACACUGCAGACUCUGUCAGGCUGCUGAAUGGUUCCAGUCUGUGUUCAGGCAGACUGGAGGUGAAGUCUAACCAGAGCUGGUCCUCAGUGUGUGAAGCUGACUUUGACCAGCAGGAUGCAGAGGUGGUCUGUAGGGAGCUCGGCUGUGGGCCUCCUUCGGUCCUCCAGGGGGCGCUCUAUGGAGCAGUGGAGGCUCCAGUGUGGAGCAAAGAGUUCCAGUGUGGAGGCCAUGAGUCUGCUCUCCUGGACUGUAGAAGCUCAGGCUCAGCUCGAAACAGCUGCUCGCCUGGCAAAGCUGUUGGACUCACCUGCUCAGAACCUGUCAGGUUGGUGGGUCAAGCCAGUCGCUGUGCAGGCAUGCUGGAGGUGAAAGUGGGAAAGUGGAGAACAAUCGAUUAUUUUGACUGGGAACUGAAGGAGGCACAUGUCGUCUGUGAACAUUUGGGCUGUGGCUCUGCAUUUUCUAUACAAUGGAAAAAUGAGCCUUCUGAGAUUUCUGUGUUGAAAAUUGAGCCUGAUUGUGUUCACUCCGGAUCUGCUCUGAGAGACUGUGCAAAAUUAUAUUCCUCUUCCCUAACCCUGAACGUCACCUGCAAAGACCUGCUGGUUCAGCCAAUCAUCUCUGUGUCCUUCAUGAAUGGGGUCUCCAUGGCCCAGCAGCAGGGGCUUCAGGUGUCCAGGGGCUCUAACUUCACCAUCAGCUGCUCCAUCCAGCCACAGUACCCAGGAGGCUCCUUCCAGCUCACCUUCACCUCAUCCAACACGGCGUACAACUACACCCAGCCAGCUGUCAAUCACUCAGCCCACUUCCUGUUUCCUGCUGCAGAGCCCGCCCACCAAGGAAACUACAGCUGUGUUUAUCACGUCUAUAUUUUUUACCAUGACUUGUCCUCUGAGAGCCGCCUGCUGUCUGUCACUGUGUCAGAUCCCAAACACUCAGACGUUGUUAAAGUUGUUGUCAUCACACUGGUCGCCCUGCUGGUCAUUGUAUUCAUGAUACUUGGUCUUCAUCUCUACCGUCAGGUCAGCAGACAGUAGAGCAGUGAGCUGGCUGACCCUACAUGCUCUGCUUGAGCCAUUCGUGGAAGGCCAGGAACAAGUUCAGCCUGCAGAGGAGGACCUCCAAGGAGCUCGAAAGCAUGUUUGGACAGAGCAUGGUACACCAUCUCUUUUGUCCUCCAUCCUCCUGUUUUUGAACCAGAGGUCUGGUCAAAGCUCCAUCCUGAAGAGCCGUCAGUUUUCUUUAGCAGCUGUAAUCAGCAGGGGGCGGGUG